AUGGGUCAUUCUGAGAUAGUUGAGCAUUUGCUAGACUUUGGAGCAGAGAUCAACCACGAAGAUGCUGAUUGUCGAACAGCACUGUCUGUAGCAGCUCUCUGUGUCCCUGCAAAUGAAGGAUAUGUGAAGGUAGUAAAUAUCCUCCUUGAACGUGGAGAUGCUGUGGACCACCAGGACAAAGAUGGAAUGACCCCACUGCUUGUUGCUGCCUUUGAAGGUCACAGGGAUGUUUGUGAAUUACUUCUGGAGUACGAGGCUGAUGUUGACCACGCAGAUCGAGCAGGUCGCACUCCACUGUGGGCUGCGUCAUCGAUGGGGCAUUCAUCGGUAGUGGAGCUGCUUCUGUUCUGGGGCUGUUAUGUUGAUAGCAUUGAUCCCGAAGGGCGUACUGUGCUGAGUGUUGCUGCUGCACAAGGUGGCACCGAUGUUGUCCGGCAGCUGCUCGACAGGGGGUUAGAUGAACAGCAUCGAGAUAAUUCUGGAUGGACUCCAUUGCAUUAUGCAGCAUUUGAAGGUCAUAAGGAUGUGUGUGAAGCUCUCCUGGAGGCAGGAGCGAGGGUGGAUGAAGCGGACAAUGAUGGGAAAGGCCCGCUGCUGCUGGCCGCCCAGGAAGGGCACUCGCUACUAGUGGCGAUGCUGCUUUCAGAGCAUGCUGCCCCUCCUGACCAGCGUGCACACGAUGGGAAAACUGCCCUCAGGUUAGCAGCAGUGGAAGGUCACAGUGAUGUUGUGAUUAGCCUUCUGGCCCACGGUGCUGAUGUUAAUGUAUUAGAUGCAGACGGACGGAGCACUCUCUAUGUUCUUGCUCUGGAGAACAGAUUGGCCAUGGCAAGGCUGUUAUUAGAGGAGGGGAAUGCAGAUGUUGAAACAAGAGAUUCUGAGGGUCGUACUCCGUUGCACGUAAGUGCAUGGCAGGGACAUGCAGAAAUGGUGGCACUACUGCUGACUGUUGGAGGUGCAGACGUUGAUGCCACAGACAAUGAGAACACGAGAAAUGAAUAUGGCCUCCAUGUUGCUGUAAACAAUGUUUUUGACUUUUUAGGCGUUUAUAGUACGUGCUUUUCAAAUCGUUCUGCUUGA